AUGAAGGAAGAUUUAAUGAUACAGCAAUUAAGUAAAUGCUCAGGCAAUACACAUAUUUUGAAAAGGGAUGAGGAAGAAAAAAUUCAAAGUUUAAAAAACAUAUCACUGUUUUCUAGGACAAAAGAAGAGCUUAAAAAAAAAAGCAAAACUAAAAUUGAAGAUAUAUUUAAUAAAAAUACAUAUAAUAUAACUAAUGUAAAUAUAUUGAAUAAUGAUAAUAUACAAUAUCCGUCAUUUAAUACUUUAAAUAAUAAUAUAAAGACAUGUAAAAUAAAUAACACAAUAAUGGAUAAAUUAAAAAAAAAAGAAGAACAAAGAAAAUGUAGCAACAUUUUAAAUUCCAUUGUGGAAAAAAAAAGUGUUGAUAGUUCUUCCUCUUAUUUUUCAGAAGAGUUUUCUAAAAAUAAAUAUAAAAAUUAUUUACUUAAUAAAAGUUCAGUUUAUUUAAAAUCGAAAUGCCAUAAAGAAUCAAAUAUAAAUUUAAAUUUAAAGAAACUAGAAAGACUACAAAAAAAAAUGAAAAAUAUUAAUAAUAUUGGUUAUUUGAAAAAGGGAAACAUCAAAAGUUCGGAUGAGCACAAACAAAGUGGUAGUGAUAAUUAUGAUGAUAAUAGAAGUGAUGAUAAUAGAAGUGAUGAUAAUAUAAGUGAUGAUAAUAUAAGUGAUAAUAAUAUGUGUGAUGAUAAUAUAAGUGAUGAUAACAUAAGUGAUGAUAAUAGAAGUGAUGAUAAUAGAAGUGAUGAUAAUAUAAGUGAUGAUAACAUAAGUGAUGAUAAUAUAAGUGAUAAUAAUAUAUGUGAUGAUAAUAUAAGUGAUGAUAAUAUAAGUGAUAAUAAUAUAUGUGAUGAUAAUAUAAGUGAUGAUAAUAGAAGUGAUGAUGAUAACAUAAGUGGUGAUAAUAACAUCAGUGAUGAUAAUAAAAAUGAUGAUGAUAACAUAAGGAAUGAUAAUUAUAUAAAUUAUGACGAAUAUAAUAAUAAUAUAUCUGAUGAUAAAAACAGUCUGUCAAGGUAUGUAUAUGAAAAACGAUUUAAACUCAAUCUGUUAAAAGAUGGUUCAAAUGAAAAUAUAUAUUCUAUUGUUAGUAAACGAAAAUAUAAUAAUACAUAUAAAAAGAAAUGCUUAUAUUUAGGAAUGAACAAAUUAAAUAAUAUUUGUAAGGAAAAUCUUAAGAUAAAAAGAAGCUAUUUAAGAUAUUGUGGAGAAAAUGCAUCAUCUGGAAAUAGGAAAUUAUCAAAUGGUAUGUCUCAAUUAAUGAAAUUAAAAUAUUUAAUAAAUAAAAAAAAUAAUGAAAAGAAUAAGAAUUCUUUAUUUUAUGAUUCUAACGAUAAUAACAAAUUUAUAAAAUUUCUAAUGUCUGAAAUAAAAAUUGAAACGAAAUUAUAUAAAUUAAUUUUAUUUCUUUUAUUUCUUCUCCUUUUAUCAUUAUCAAAAAAUAUUUCUGAUUAUAUGGUUAUAACAAGAAAAUGUUACAAUAUAUAUGAAAAUCCAAUUAAAUCUAUAUAUAGAAUUAUUAAAUAUAUAAUAGUACUUUUUAAAAUAUGUUACAAAGUUACCUUACCCAUUUUUUUUUAUUUAUUAUCAUGUUUAUUUAUUACUAUCUUUAGAAUAUUUGUUAUUUUAAAUAUACCUAUUUUCUUUUUCAUUUUAUAUAUCAAAUUUGUACUCAUAAGCGAUAAAUCUAUCAUCACUUUGUAUUUUCUAUUCUUUCAAUUUUUUUAUAAAUAUUUAGUUUUCCAUUGUGAAGAUAUUUUUAAGAAUUUAAAAUCACAUAUUAGUUUAGAUAAUUUUUUAACUUUAAUUUAUAAAACGUCCUCUUUUAUUUUUUAUUACAUGGUCAGAGUUUUUCAAACAUUUCAAAAUCAUAUAAAUGCACAGUUUUAUGAAUCAAGUGAUAGUAAUUCCAAAUAA